UGAAAUUUCUAACAGUGGUCAAAGCCUCCAACAAAGCUCUGAUGAACUGGUGUAACCUUUCAGAGAGGAGCUGUGAAGCUCUGUCCUCAGUUCUCAGCUCCCAAUUCUGUCAUCUACGAGAGCUUGAGCUGAGUAACAACAACCUGCAGGAUUCAGGAGUGAAAUUUCUCUCUGCUGGAGUGAGCAGUCUGAACUGUAUAUUGGAAACACUAAGUUUGUCAGGCUGUCUGAUCACAGAGGAAGGCUGUAAUUCUCUGGCCUCAGCUCUGAACUCCAACCCCUCACAUCUGCGAGAGCUGGACCUGAGCUACAAUCAUCCAGGAGACUCAGGAAUGAAGUUGCUGUCGGCUGGACUGAAGAAUCCAGGCUGGAGACUGGACACUCUAAGGGUGGAGCCUGCUGGAAUCCGAUGGCUGAGACCAGGUCUGAGGAAGUAUUCCUGUCAACUCACAAUCGACACAAACACAGUACACACAAACCUCCAACUGUCUGACAACAACAGGAAGGUGACAAAUGUGGAGGAGGUUCAGUCAUAUCCUGAUCAUCCAGACAGAUUUGAUUUUUGCCCUCAGUUGCUGUGUAGAAAUGGUCUGACUGGUCGCUGUUACUGGGAGGUCGAGUGGAGCGGAGACGUUUUUAUAUCAGUGAGUUACAGAAGAAUCAGAAGGAAAGGAGACAGUAAUGACUGUGUGUUUGGAUGGAAUGAGGAGUCCUGGAAUUUGAGCUGCUCUGAUUAUGGUCCUUGCUCGGUCAGGCACAAAAACAGUGAAACACCCAUCAUCUCCUCCUCCUCCUCCUUCUCCUCCUCUGUCUCUAACAGAGUAGCAGUGUAUGUGGACUGUCCUGCUGGCACUCUGUCCUUCUACAGAGUCUCCUCUGACACUCUGAUCCACCUCCACACCUUAAACACCACAUUCACUGAACCUCUUUAUCCUGGAUUUACAGUCUUGUUUCCCGGUUCCUCAGUGUUUGUCUUCUGUGGCGAGUCUAAAGAGUCUGCUCCUGUUAGCGAAAGCUUUGACUGUUGAACAGAUAGUUCAGUCUGUACAUGUUUCCUUCACUCAGAAACUGCCAUGGUCCUGGGUCGGUGGCCCAGUGUUUUGUAUUUGUGUUUUUGUAUUUUGAAUGUCCAAUUUGAUUUUAAAUUGAACACUCAAAUUAGGGCUACUGUAAAGU